CCACAAUUCCAUUAAAAAAAGUUAAUAAGACAUGGGGAAAAAACAAAUUGGGCAUCACUGAAAAUAGAGUUGGAGCAAAAUGUUAUCGUCUUCAGUUAUGCUCCGCCGCUUCUACUGCGUCGGCACCGCUGCUUCUUCUCCCGCCACUUCUUCUCACAAGAAGCGCCUCGUCUACUUGGGCUCUCCUCAAGUUUCCGCUUCCGUUCUUGAUACCCUUUUCACUGCCUCCUCCGCACCAGAUUCCUUAUUUGAGAUUACGGCAAUUGUCACCCAACCACCAUCUGCUAGAGACAGGGGUAGAAAGGUGAUGCCUUCUCCAGUUGCACAACAUGCUCUCGACAGAGGUUUCUCCUCUGAUUUGAUCUUCUCUCCGACAAAAGCUGGUGAGGAAUCAUUUCUUAGCAGCUUUAAGGCUUUGGAACCUGAACUUUGCAUCACUGCCGCAUAUGGGAAUAUCUUGCCCACCAAAUUCCUUAAUAUUCCGUCUAUGGGGACUGUCAACAUACACCCUAGCUUGCUUCCUCUAUAUCGUGGAGCAGCACCUGUUCAGAGGGCUUUACAGGAUGGUGUGCGAGAAACAGGGGUUUCAUUAGCAUACACAGUGCGCCAACUUGACGCUGGUCCUGUUAUUGCUUGUGAAAAAAUGGAAAUUGAUGAUAAAAUAAAGGCACCAGAGCUGUUGGAGUUUCUGUUUUCUCAAGGAUCCAAACUUCUGAUCAGUGAACUUCCGUCAAUACUCGAUGGUUCUGCAAAAACUAAAGCUAUCCCACAAGAUGAAUCUAAAGCUACAUUGGCUCCAAAGAUAACUCAAGAAGAAUCAUAUCUAUCUUUUGAUCAAAUAGCUAAAGUCCUUCAUAACAAGGUUCGUGCAUUUUCAGGUUGGCCAGGGACUCGAGCCAAAGUUUUGGUGAUUGAUCCAAAAAAUGAUCAACAGAACACCAUAGACCUUAAGAUCAUCACUACAAGAGUUCAUGACAAUAAUGAGAUUCGGAAUGGUGAAAAAGAUGAUAUCGUCUUUGUAAAAGGCUCGUUGAUAUUCCCAUGUGGUGAUGGAACAGCACUUGAGGUGUUGGAGGUACAGCUGCCUGGUAAGAAAGUCGUAAAUGCAGCCGCAUUUUGGAAUGGUUUGAGAGGCCAAAAACUGAAAAAGUUAUGAUCACUGUCAAGUCAUUAAAGGUACACCGUGACAAGUCUCUACUACUUCACAUUCUUUCCAUCUUCUUUAUCCCUUCUUUCCAAUUUAGUUGAGAAUGCUAAUGCUUAUAAGAAGUAGUUUUGAAACUGAGUUACAGAAACUAUCGAUUUAGUUUGAUCGAACCGUCCUUGUUUCUCGAGCUUUACUUUGUUUGUAUGAUUAAAAAUAAGCUAGAAUUGAAACUGUUAA